AUGUCCAUGGGAAGAGGAUUUGAAGUUGAUGUAGCACUGGAAGUUGUACAUCUGACAGAUGAAUAUUGGGACAAAGUGGUUUCUUACAUUAUUGAUGAGUAUAAAUGUGGGCGUACACCUAACCCUGAUCUUCUUUGCAAUACAAGAAUCAAAUUUGGUGCGUUCAUGGAUGCCCUCAGUAACAUGGAUUUUGAGUUUGUUGCUUCCGGACAUUAUGCAAAAGUUAUUCACCCCCUUACAGAUGAAACCAAUGAGCUUUCAUUUCUUCAGCUGUCAAAGGAUAUGAUAAAGAUAUGCUCUACUUAUUUUCAUUACCAACUUCCUGAUACUUAUUAUCAGGAUGAAGUCCAAAGAUUUGCCCGGAAAGUUGAUUUUCCUAACCAGGAAAGAAGGGACUCACAGGGAAUAUGCUUUCUUGGGAAGGUUCGACAUGGCCUGGUUUUCUAUGAUUGCAGUUUGCAUAUAGAAGAAAAAGAUGGUAUUGGCACCGUCCAACUGAAGGUAGGAAAAGAGGAAAAGUUAGACAAGUUUGAGCUUCCAGCAAAUAUAAAGUUUUUGCCAGAUCCAUGGAAACCUAAAUCUGGAUUAGUGACAGCCGCACUCAAGUUAAAGAGGGAACAAUUGAAGGCCAAAUUUAAGGAUGAUUCACAAAAGCUAUACGAGUGA